AUGGCCAGCCACGCAUGCACAACUUACGAAUCGUCCGCAAGGGAGUCUUCCUGCCGUCCCGAUCAUCCGUAUGCUGCAGGUGAAGCAUCUCUUGCUCCGGCGUCACCAGCCUUUCAGCCGCCCGGGCAUGCACCCCAUGAGAGCCAUUGUCACCCGUACUAUGAGGGGGGAUACCCCCAGACGGCAGACCACGACCUGUUUCCUCGUUACACAACUCUCGAAGAUCAUUCAUGGCCGGCUCACCAGGUCGAGGGAUUGGUACACACCCAGGCCGGCACUUCCCCAGACCCCUACACAUAUAGGGAGUGGCCUUCACCAGUCCGCGAACAGCCGUCGUACGGAAGCCAGGACUGGUCAUGUCGGGGAAACCUCCCGCCUCUGCUGCACCGACUAAAGAGCGCCUUCGGCUUGCCUCUUUCGCCAGCUUCCACUGGUUCAAGCCCGACCUCUGACGAUCAAACCCUACCAGUCUUCGUUGAAAAAGAGCCUUUCCAUAGCUCCCGUGCGUCCUUUCGAGAGGACCUCUCAUUCUGCUCGGAAGAGUGUAACGACCUUACCGAUCUGUCACUGUCUGCAGACUCGCCCACACCGACCGACCAAGCCGUGCGCACCCCGGGCCUGAAGCGAGGUGGCAAGGCACCACAGCGACGUCCGAGCCGGGGAAAGGGAAAGGGAAAGGGCAAGGAGAAGGCCAACGGCAAGAACCCCACCGACGAUCCGAACCAAGAGCUGGAUGAUCUCAAAGACCAGGUCAAAAGACUCAAACUCAAGUGCAUCCGCUACUGCAGCAGAAACAGCAAGCUGCGACUGGAGGCCGCCAAGUACCGCAAUCCUUACCUGCCCGCCGCGGAGCAGAAGCGGCACCUCAAAGCUUGGAAGGCGUUUGAGGCGAUAUACUACGAGAAACAUUUCAAUUCGUCGCCGCCUGCUCCCCGGGUUCGGAAAACUAGGGCCAAGAAGAAUGCGGCGGAUGGUCUUUCGCCACCGGAGUCACUGGAUCGGGAUCGGGGUCGUGAUGGGGAUGGGGAUGAGGAUAUGGGUCUGGGUCUGGGUGAGGAUAUGGAUCUGGAUUUGGAUUUGGAUCUGGAUCUGGAUCUGGAGGCAGCCUUGGAUCGGUAA